CCAGUUUGCCGUGUGCCGUCCCGCGUUUUUGCGCUCCGUUUUACACACGUGCGGCUACUAAGCUGAUCGAAUUGCUGUAUGGGACGUCCUUUUGGAUGAAAUAAGCUUACUCCGAAAAGUGUUGAUCGCGUGCAGUUACAUCGAGUUGUAUAUCAUUUUGUAUUUCGUACCAGCUAAAGUUUGAUUUCCCAGCAGAUUUGUUUUCUUUUUGAAGUUGUUCAAGUUAUAACACAAGAGGAAAGACACAAUUAUCUGCUUAUCCGAUCGAAGCAUUGAGGAUCAGCUGCGUUACACGAUAAAUAGGAGCAUUCUUAAGGAUGACAUUGUCCGGUUUAUGAGCCUCGUACUCCUUUCCAGAGCAGUAGCGGACCGGUUUUAUCGGUGUACUACUGCUGCCAUCACCACCACCACCGCCGCCACCAGCAAUCGUAGCUUCGCGUGGGGAUUCAACACUUGCAUAAUAAAUGUGAUUUUCAUGUUUGCUCUGGCUAAGAGGAUGAUCCAGAGUGUAGCUAGCCAACGCAGCGUUGCUUCAGUCAACUACGAAGAAGCUAUAAGAUGUUUGAAUAAUUUGCAAAGCAAUGCAGCUUACUUGAACGCAGCCAAGGGAAUCGUACCAACCAAGGAGAGCACGUUACAGGAUGUGAAGAAAUACUUGAUUCGGUCGGGUAUCACUCUUGAGCAGCUGGAUGGAUUAUCCAUAAUUCAUGUAGCCGGUACCAAAGGCAAAGGAUCGACUUGCGCCUUUGUCGAGACGAUCCUACGUGCACACGGCUUUUGUACUGGAUUCUUCAGUUCACCACAUCUAAUUUCGGUGCGCGAGCGCAUUCGCAUCAAUGGCAAGUCGCUUAACGAAACAGAAUUCACACGGCAGUUUUGGCAGGUGUACAAAGCGUUGGAUCAGAAAAAGGAACACGAAAAUGACAUGCCGCAAUACUUCAAGUUUCUCACCAUACUCAUGUUUCACGUAUUUAUCAAGACCAACAUUGACGUCGCCAUUCUCGAGGUGGGCAUUGGUGGCGAGUACGACUGUACGAAUAUUGUGAACAGCAGCGUUUGCACAGGUAUCACGAGCCUCAGUUUGGACCACACAACCCUCUUAGGUGACACGAUCGAGGCGAUAGCUUGGCAAAAAGCAGGUAUCUUCAAACCUGCAGUGCCAGCUUUCACGGUGCCUCAGUCGAAUGACGCAAUGAUCGUUCUGCAAAGUCGAGCUGUCGAGAAAAAUUGCUCGCUCAGUGUCGUGCCUAAAAUUGAAGAAUAUCCUUGGAGAAGGGGUGUACCAACUCUAGAGAACGUGACUAAGAUUAAAAAAUCCGUCUCAGGUAUUCGUAGUAGCGUGCAGUCGAAUAACGCCUCACUAGCUAUUCAGUUGGCAUCCACAUGGAUGAUGAAGAACAAUCGAAUUCGACGCUUUGGUGUCCUUAAAAGUACCGAGAACAAAUGGAUAAUCGAUGAGGAACCGGCCAAGAAGACGUCUCUAUGCUUCGAUAAGAUUGCCGUGGCUUUAAAUUGUUGCAAAUGGCCCGGACGUACGCAGGUUUUACUUGGAAAGAGUCUCGAUUUUUAUAUCGAUGGCGCACACACCUAUGAGAGUAUCGAGUGCUGCGUUUCAUGGUUCCGCAGUAAUAUUCAAAACGAGAGGACGGAAAGACCUAAGUACUUAAUUUUCAAUACGACAGGCAACAGAGAUUCAUCAAAGCUAAUGGCACCUUUGAAAAAGUUACACUUCAGUAAAGCCUAUUUCGUACCAAAUGUUGCCGGUAUAUGCAAAUUGGCCGACCAAGAAAACUUGAACGUACCUGUAACCAAGCAAAAAGAGAAGUGUUGCAAGCAUGCCGAAAUCUGGGGCGAAAAUUCAGUAUUAGCAGAUAGCAUUUACGAAACUCUUCAACUUAUAAAGGAAGAUCACAAGUGCAAUUCAAAAAAUCACAAUACUGUUAAGCCUCAAGUUCUCGUAACAGGAUCAUUACAUUUGGUUGGCGCGUUGUUAUCUGUGGUCGAUCCGGAUUUAACGAUGUCAACCACAUUUUAAUAAGAGAAACUCAUGUACUCCAAUUAUUAUCAAAUAACAAUUACUAAAACUGAUAAUUACUGUCAAUUCUAAAAUAAUUAUUGGUUAAAAAAUUGUUUGUUUGCCACUUUUCAAAAAUGUACAUUUUAAGCGUUAAAUAUA